GCUCAGAUGCCAAUGUACUGGUGUGCUUUAAUCCACAAAGAAUCACGGCAACGAACCGUAAUUAUUAAUGAUUAAUCCCCCCCAAAAAAAGAAUUAACCGGCAUUUUGCUGUCUACUUAAUCAAGGUUAAUCAAGGCCAUUAUUUGUAUAAUUAAUUAAUUGAGGCCAUCAUUUGUAAUGAACCAAGAUGCCGAACCAAUAUUGGUUGGUGUCGCUUCGUCCUGUGAAUGGUGGUAAAGAGGCCACGUUUCAGAUUCUGCAGUCUCGAGUGGCCCAAGCGGGUGGGGAGUGCGCGGCAUACAAGAUUCUUAUGGGAUGAGGCCAAGUACCCCACAAUCGCACCCCUGCGAGAGACAGUGGAUUCCAUUCACGAAAAUGUGACGAAGCUAGAAGACGACUUGAAGAUGCGACUUGCGGAGUACAACAAUGUCAAAGGGCAAUUGGCAACGAUGACACGUAAAGCAACUGGCAGCUUGUCUGUCCGCGACCUGACGCCGUACGUCAAGGACGGAGAUGUCGUCUCAUCGGAACACUUGAUAACUUUGCUUGUGGUGGUCCCGCGGUACUCGGAAAAGGACUGGCUUCAGUCGUAUGAGAAGAUCUCCACCUUUGUGGUGCCAAGAUCCUCCAAGAAGCUCUUUGAAGACAAUGAAUAUGGGCUUUUCACAGUCACUCUUUUCCGGAAAAUCGUCGACACUUUCAAAGGCGGAGCGCGUGAAAAGGGUUUUCAGGUCCGCGAGUUCGAGCAUGAUCCACAGGGGGCAAAGGUCAGGGAGGAGGAGGUAGCUCGCUUGCAGUGCGACCAAGAGAAUCUUCGCUCCCAGCUGUUGCAGUGGUGCUCAAGCAGCUAUGGCGAGGUUUUCAGUUCAUGGAUGCAUGUGUGUGCAGUCCGUGUUUUUGCUGAGAGUAUUCUUCGCUACGGGCUUCCACCUCAUUUUGUGCCUGCAGUUGUGAGCCCGUCGCCAAAGUACGAGAAGAAGCUUCGUCAAAUCUUGGAAUCCAUCGCAGCUGGUGCAGGCAACCACAAUGCGGCGUACUGGAAAUCUGGUGGCGAAGAUGCCAGCAUGUCGGGGCUGGUCGGUGGCGAGUCCGAUUUGCAUCCUUACGUCUCCAUCACCGUCAAUCUUGCAGCGUGAUGAGAGUGUAUGUUGCCAUUGACAGUAUGUUGGUUUGAUUGGAUGGCUUGGUGCUCGAGAAAAGCCUGGUGACGUUGUCCUUCCGAUCCUUCCACACAGGAACCCUGAGGGCGUAUUCACACCAGGGCUUUUGUUACGAAGCUCUGGAUGUGAUCGCAGUCAGAUUCGUACAGUUCUGGCCAUAAUUGCAGUCAGAUACAUUUAGGAAAGUGCUUGUGUGAGUAUGCCCUGAGGUUAUCUAAUCUAUUUGUGAUGCAAUGGUGUGAUUGAUAUGCCCUUUCGCUGUCAGGACCCAGUUGGUCCUAAUGGGGCCAGGUUCGUUCGAACGUGACCAGGUCUGGUCAUUACAAAACCAGGACGUUCGAAACCUGGUUCAGUAUCUGGUCCAUGCUGUGGACCGGCUUCCGGGGCAUGACGAGUUCCCCCCUCUGCCUUUUUCCAGCUUCUCCGCCUGCUCAUAGCCAUUGAUCUUCCAUCACGAACUGCUUCGAAAUCGCUAAGCUGGCACAUUCACUUUCAAUCCCUUCCCAUAACCGUGAAUCCUCCGCUGGUUGUUCUGUGGCACGGUGCGUGCUCUAAAGCGAGAGAGAGAGAGAGAGAGAGAGUUCUGUGGCACGGUGCUUGCUCUA